AAUAUAUACUAUUUCAGACAAAUAUGCUGUUUUUGUACUAAACAUUGAGUUUAAUAUAAGGAAAUCUACAUCACAAAAAAUGGAUGCAGAACGAGUUGAUAUAGAUACCAAGAGGCAAGAAAACUCUGCAUAUGAAUAUCUGUGUCACCUAGAGGAAGCAAAAAACUGGAUUUCAGAAUGUAUCGGCGAAAAUCUUCCGCCUGCAACCGAGCUUGAGGCGAACUUUACCAACGGCGUAUAUUUAGCUAAACUCGCACAUUUCUGUGCCCCGAACUUAGUACCACGAAGCAAGAUAUUUGAUGCUGACCAAGAGAGGUUUCGUAGAUCAGGCCUACAUUUUAAACACACUGAGAAUAUAAACUUUUUCCUUCAGGCAGCUAGGCAUGUUGGCCUCCUAGAGAUAUUCUUGCCGGAAACGACGGAUAUUUAUGACCGGAAGAACAUGCCACGUGCAAUAUUCUGCCUGCACGCUCUAAGUUUGGUCAUGUACAAAAAUGGUAGCGCGCCUAGGAUUGAGGAUCUGUUCGGUCGAGUUCAGUUUACAGAUGCAGAAAUUACACUUAUGCAGGAUGAGUUGAACAAGGCCGGCGUUGAGCUUCCUGAAUUCCGGAAGUUGGGUGUAAUGCUGACCGACGAUGGUGAUCAAAAGAAAAUGGAGGAAUUAUUCUCAGAAUUAUGUGGUUGUAUUGAGAUUCGGGAUGUGGAAGGAAUGUUUUCUCUGCUUCGUAAUCCUGUUUCCAGACUUAAAGAAGUACACGAAGAGAACUCAAGACAGUACAUGUUGGUGCUACACAGUGAGUACAGAGAACUUGGUCGACCUUUCUCACAGGCAGAAUUACAGGAACUUAUCUCAAGAACCAACCUUUUGGUCUCUCUUGAGGGUGUAAAGACCGAGGUUCUAGCCGAGGACGCUGAGGCUCUUCUGUUCCUUCUCCAGGAUCCUUGUCUUGGUGUUGCUCAUCUACUAGAGGCGGACAAUGCAGAACUUUAUCUAACUAAUCUUCUGGAUUAUGUUGAAGGUAUGGAUGAGAAUGAGGUGUUGAAGAAGACGAGGAUUUAUGAGGCCGUAGUGUCCGCUAACCUACUCGGGAAGGAGAAGAACUCUCUCGAGCACGCUAUUGCCGAAGUAAACGCAGCAUUGAGACACAGAGACUCGAGUAGAAUAUUAGAAGCUCUCCAACACCCUGCUCUCCAUCUUCCUGUUGUUCUUCAUCCCGCAGCUCAUCUUUACUAUACAGAACUUGGCAUCAUACAGAGAGACAGUGAGUCUGAUUUAAACUAUGACGGAAUAUAUAAACCUCUUUUAUUUCUCAACCUGGUUGCUCAGGUUGGGAUAGCAGGACUAGCUGGUGAUGUGAGAGAAGUAAAGAAAGCAUUAACAGAACCUGAACUUUAUAUACAAGACCUAGCUAACGAGGGAUUAGAACAGUAUGCUGAAUCUGUAAUAAAACGUGUUCUCAAGUCUGGUAAACUCUUGACACACUCUGAGAUACAGGAGAUCAUAGAUAAUGUUAACGAUCAGUACUCACAGGAUAUACAGAGGUUGAAGUAUAUAGAGCGGGUGAAUAAUGCUGUGCGAGGAGGUGGAGAAGGAUUAGUUGAAGCUCUGGAGGGUUUAGGGUUCAAGAUAUCUAGUAGGGAGGAGAUACGCUGCUUUCAGGAGCUUAUUAAUAUUCAGUCCAAUAAGUCACAGAUUGAAGAACGGGAAAUGGAACUAUGGCUGGAGGAUAUAGAGGAGGCAUAUAGAACAGUUCAAGAUCUAGCAAGUGAAGCGGAGAGUAUAGCCGGUGCCUUGAGAGGAAUAAACAGUGCAGCAGAGUAUGGAGAUGUCAACGGUGUCCUAUCCUAUCUUUUCAAUAACUGGGAACUCUUUGGACUUAGAGAUAGACCUGAAAGAAAAGAUGGAGCGGAUAUCUUGAAAGGGUUUCAACGAAGGAUGGUUGGAAAGCGAGACGGUCAACAUAGUUGGGUCAAACACUACUUUCAGGAUGGAAGUGAAGUGUUUAUAGAAGUUGAGGGGGGAAGGAUUGCGUGGACAAAACCAAAGGUUGUGAAGAAAUUAGAAGAGGAUAUAAGAAGAAGAAGAGUUGCUCUUGGUCACAUCAGCAAGCAUACAGAUGUUAAAAUGUUGGAAAAGAAAGUAACUAUUAUCCAGCGAGCCUGGAGAGCUAGAAAACUUAGAGCACAGUGGAAACUUCUCAUUGAAUCAGGAAAGGCAGACCUGACAACUGUUGUAAAACAUCUUCAUCUUCUUGAUGUACGAGUAUCUGAUGCUCAAGAGGAACUAGAGUUAGCUAGGGCCCGGGGAGAGCUGACGAAGUUGAUGAGGAAGAACGAGAGCCUGGAGGAGGAGGUUGAGGGGAUGGAUAAAAAGAUUGGGUUACUGGUUCAAAACAGAAUAUCUGUUCAGGUAAAGUAUAUCAAUACUUG